AUGGCGGGGCCUGAGGGGGAGAACGAGGAGCGUUUCUGGUCGCUGAUUCUCGAUCUUUCCGCCCAGCUCACUGCCAACAGGCAAGCGAGCGAUAACCUGAAGAACCAGAUCAGCGACCUUCAAGGCCAGGCGGUGCAUGCCAAGAGCGGCUACGCGCUACGCCGGUUUAAUGUCGACCUCUCCCAGGAGGCCUUCACCACAGAGCUCGAGCGGCUCAAUGUACAGUUGAUGCAGGAGAAUACCACGCUUGCGCACGAAUCCAAGCAGCUUGGUGCACUACUGCGUGAGUGCGAAGCGACGCUCGAAACCGUCAUGGGCAAGUUCCGCAGCUUUUCGCAUGCCGCACAACAAUAUGGCCUAGACUUGUCGGCAUACUACGAGUCCCGUAUCGAGGGACAGACUGAACAGUUGGAUGCUAUCCAGCGCCAAGAAUAUAGCGGGCGUGACGCAGCAGUGGGUCGGCUUGGCACGCUUGUGCGUAGCGCGCUUCGUCUCGUUGACGGUGAAGAUGAGGAGGCGAACGGAAGCACCGCACUCGAACGUACCACCGAGAUCGAGCAGCUCCGUGCGGAGAAUGAAAUGCUCCGCUCCCUUCUUGGUAUGGGAAACUCUCCUAAGGAAGAAUCUGAAGUGCCGGUGCGCACGGCUGAUCUCCCCGCGACGCGCGCCGAGGUUGCUACUGCGGAGCCUCUCACGCGUGCACCGAUUGACGAAGUCGAUGUAGGAGGGGCUUCAGACAUUCCCCCACCCGAUACGGACGAGAUGACACAACUUCCUAGUACAUAG